CUUAUCACAUGAUGCUGGCAAAUGGAUUACCCAGAACUGAAGACACAUGGGAAGGAUCCUACACAUCUUGCUAAGAACCAGAUGAGGCAUCUAAACAAUUUCUGCAAAUCUUCUGAUUACCUGCUUAUUCCAGCACCACUUGCUGCUCCCACUCACCAUGCCUGAGGGAUGCUGAUCCAAAGUUUUAGACAGGAAGAGCCAUGCAAGGAGUAGCUCAAAAGUAGAGAUACAUCAAGAUGAGCAAUGAUGGCCUGGGAUCCUGGUCCACUUUGAAUGGUUCAUGGGAAGAUAUUGGAGCAGAAAAUGGAACUGACCUCCUAACCCCCGAGGACGGUUUUGAUCAUGAAUUAUCAACAUAUCCUAUAGCAGGAAUUAUUCUCUUUCUCUUAAUUCCAGUUAUUAGCAUUCUUGGACUUAUGGGGAAUGGAACUGUCAUCUGGUUUCUUGGUUUUUGCAUGAAGAGGAAUCCUUUCACCACUUUCAUACUACAUCUGGCUGUUGCUGACCUUGGGGUUCUCAUGUGCUUAUGCUCUCUUUUGAUAAUGCUUCUUCUGGCGUUAUUUUCAUUUUCACCUCCCUAUAUGGAUUUGUUCUUGUAUUGUUUUAUGUUUAUGUACAACACGGAUCAAUAUCUGUUGACAGCCAUUAGCAUGGACAGGUGUGUUUCUGUCGUCUUCCCCCUUUGGCAUCGAUGCCACCGACCACCACACUUUUCCACCCUUGUUUGUGCCACAAUAUGGAUCAUUUCUUUCCUGCUCACUGUAAUCGGCAUGAUUCCUUCUAUUUUUAGUGUUUCCUACCUGCUUCUAGUGAAUGCUAUCCUUUGCCUCCCACUCAUGACUGUUUCCACUCUGGUCCUGUUUAUAAAAGUUUACUUUAGAUCAAAACAGAGGAAGAAGGGAAAAGCUUUAACAGCCAUCCUACUUGCCCUCCUCUUCUUCCUCUUCUUAGCUUUCCCAUUUACUUGCAUUUUAUUAAUCCGUUUUUUCACUCCACUUAUAGAUUACAAUGUGCAAUUUGUUAUAUCUGUUGGGUUAUUAUGCAGUUGCCUGAAUAGCAGUAUCAACCCACUGAUUUAUUUCCUGAUUGGAAGAAACAAGAGGGCUCGAUCUAAGGAGAGCAUGAAGGUCAUACUCCAGAGGCUUUUCAAAGAGGAGGAAAACUGCAGAGAGAAGCGAGAAGUUCCAGUUCAAACCUGGAUGUGAAGACUUCAAAAUAGCUCAGAAAGCUUCAUUUUCUAUCUCUUGG